AUACCCUCCUCUUCAGCACGCGCCAGACCGUUUUCCCGCUUUCUCUGUAAGAACCCUAGAGUGUGUAUUUUGGCGAAGAAAGGCCUUCCGAACACAAUUACUAGCCAUUAAUGGCGAUGGCGGCGUUCACCCGCCCCGCCACCGAACUCCGCCGGCUGCUCCACCGCCCCAACGCCGUCCGCACCUUCGUCGACGCCAGGGUUAAAUGGGUCCGCGAUCCGUACCUCGACACCGCCGUUGAGAAAGAGAAAGACCUCAAGCCAAUGCUCAAUCUCAAAAACCUAAUCCUCGCUCAGCCCUCGAAGACCCUGCCAAUCUCCACCGCUGCCUUGCUGAAGGACCGCCUCAAGCUCCCCACUACCGCCGGAAAGCUUAUCGAGAGAUAUCCAUCGGUUUUCAACCCAUUCCGGCCCGACCACCCCCUGGCCCUUCCUCACGUCAAGCUCACCGCGCAAGCCCUAGUCGUCCACAACGAGGAGGCUCGAGUUUUCAACUCGCGAAAUCACCGGAAGGACUUGGCAGAGAGGCUAGCGAAGCUGCUGAUGCUAGCCGGGUCGAGAAAGCUUCCGUUGAACGUUGUGAACGGGUUUGUUUUCGACAUUGGGCUGCCCCACAAUUACAUUCUCACAUUUCUGUCUGAUUUCCCCGAGUACUUCCAGUUGUGUAGUAUGGAUUGUAAAGAUGCAAAUGGCUGUGAAUUGUUAGGGUUAGAGUUGGUUUCUCACAGACAUGAUCUUGCAGUUUCGGUAUUGGAGAGAAAGGAAAUGCAUUUGAAUUCCAGGUUUAGAAGCGGCGUGCCAAUUCCUUUUCCUAUGGAGUUACCAAGAGGAUUUGAUUUGGAGAAGAAAGUGAGGAAUUGGGUUGAUGAAUGGCAAAAAUUGCCAUACAUAUCUCCGUAUGAAGAUGCAUUUCAUCUCUCGCCAAAUAGUGAUCAGGCAGAGAAGUGGACAGUGGCCGUUCUUCACGAAUUGCUGCACCUACUGGUGUCAAAGAAGACAGAGAGAGAGAAUGUCUAUAGGUUGGGGGAUUAUCUAGGGUUUGGGCUGAGGUUCACGAAAGCUCUGGUGCACCAUCCGGGGAUAUUUUAUGUCUCAAAUAAGAUUAGGACUCAGACCGUGGUUCUUAGGGAAGUGUAUAGGAAGGACUGGUUGAUUGAGAAGCAUCCUUUAAUGGGAAUGCGGCAUAGAUAUAUUCACCUCAUGAAUAAGAAAGUGAGGCAGAAUAGACGAAUUCAAGUUCAAAAUGUUAGGCCUAGGAAACAGGUCACUUGAUUGGCAGGAGGGAGGAAGUGCAGGAAAGUAAUGUUAGAAUCACGGCAGGAGAAGAAAUGGAGUUGAAUGACUAAGAGCAGUAUUAGGAUUAGGAUGUGAAUUCUAUUUGAACAACCAGGUAAUUAAAUGAAAAUAGCAGUUGGAAAAUAUAAACUAGACAUGGAGUAAAAAAUGAGAAAGCUGAGGAGAAAGAUUGUUAUCCAGGUCAUUUCCAAUCUUCAAUCUUGAUGAAGGGAGGAGUCAGUCUCUUCUGUAUACAAAUGUUUUAGAGACAGCAUGAGCCCGUGUUAGUAAGCACAUUCCUUUGAACAUGUCUCAUUUAUUUUAGUACUGGAUUUCUACAGUAUUUUCUUGAAAACCAUGGAGCAAAAGUGCCUAAAAAUCCAUGAGGGGUAUGUAGUGAAAAAACCAUGGAGCAAAUGUUUUAGAGACAGCAUGAGCCAUGUCAGUAAGCACAUUCCUUUGAACAUGUCUUAUUUGUUUUAGUACUGGAUUUCUACAGUAUUUUCUUGAAAACUAUGGAGCAAAAGUGUCUAAAAAUCCUAUAGUGAAAAAACCAUGGAGCAAAUGUUUUAGAGACAGCAUGAGCCGUGUCAGUAAGCACAUACCUUUGAACAUGUCUCGUUUGUUGUAGUACUGAUUUCUACAUUAUUUUCUUGAAAAUCAUGGAGCAAAGGUGCCUAAAAACCCACGAGGGGUAUGUAGUCAAAAAAUGUGUGCUGAUGGCUUUAAUAAUGCGUGGACAAUGUUGAGGACAUGCAUUAUGUGGGAGAAAUGGAACUGCUGUGACCACAAUGAAGUCAUCAUUGAUUUAAUAUUGACUUGAUUGAAAAACAAAAGAUAAUAAUGUGAUUUCCAGGACAUUCCGUUUGAGAAAUAUAAUGUGAAGAUGACUCAACAGGUCAGUGGGAUAAUAUUGCUGCAACAUUUCAAAUGAAAUAAAACGGACACAAUAUGUGUCAAGUUGGUUAUGUCUGAGCUGACCAUGUGGCCGGAUAAAUUUCCGUGGCAGCUGUUUGCUGGUGAGUUUCCUAGUUUUUUUAUGUUUGCUGAAAUUAUCUGUUGUGCCGUCUUUUUAGCAUUAAAAUUGGUCUCAUGGUUGGUUCCUUGCUGUAGAUGGGUGUGUGCUAGCUGCUAUAUGUGGUUGAAAUUUGGUUGCUUUUUCACUAAAUGGCUCAAGAUUUCCAAGGAUCACUCUGGGUGUCUGGGGUUUCAUUAAUUGCUAUUGCACCCCCAUGGAAAUGCCAUGAUGACCUAUAUAUCCCAGCCACAAAUUUGCCAAGAAGCACUCAAUUCGAAUUUAAUUGCGUUUAGGCAGCAGCCAUGCCAUUCUAUGAGCAGUUUAGCUCAAUCUGUUGCUGUCUUUCUGUUAUUAGUUUUACAAUAAAAUUGUCAGUUUUUUUCUCCUCCGGUUGACUUUACUACUGGUUUGAGCCUCUGAUUCCUUAACUUAAGCACUUGUACUUGCCUAAAUGCCAUUCUACACAUUCUCUGUCACUUGUUGGCCAUUUUACCACGCUAACCAUGCCUCUCAGAACUUAAGGAGUUACACUUCUUAAAUUUAUUUCCAUGCCUCUAUCCAGAUAGCAUCUGGUCCAAGUUUCCAGCUGCUUUACCAUUCUUCAUUUUCUUAUUUCUUACUUCGCCUCUGUUUUGUACAAAUACAUUAUACAUCUAUUUGGACAAAUCUGGACCCUGUAAUGAUAUUAAAACAGAAUUUAGUAAUCUCGUUCUUACAUGUCAUGCAUGUAAUAUGGUGGUAAAAAGUUAUAAGUUCUUGUUACAUGUAUUUUCUACAUGCUAAAGACUUCUAAUGUGUUCCCGUUUUUCAUUUUGAUUAUUAUGUUCUUCAGUGAAUUGAAAGUCAAACAAUGUUGUACUGGGUGUCAUGACGUUAAGUUUUAUAAAUCAUUGGGGGAUAUUCAAGUUUGACUAACAUAAUUUUCAAAUAUGUAACUAGUUUUGCUUGUUUUGCUGAUUAGGCAGGACUGGUUUUGUCACUUCAUUAACAUGCUGAAGGGAUCUUAGGCACCAAUGCUGAUGAACUACUCAUCCUUCAUAACAGUCAUGGCAUGGAAUGGCUGAAAAUCUGGCUACUGCAAUGCCCUUAGUUGGAUCCUGAUUGAGAUGGCAAGUAGUAUUACUGUAUUACUGAGGUUCGUUCGAGAUGAAUGUAACAUGUUUUUAUUUUUUUUAAUUUUUUGUUAGGAAACAAUUUGUUGCUUGUUUGAAUUUUAGAAAAAGCUGCGGAAAAUGGAAACUACAAUUUGGUUCGGUUAAAUUGAAGGAUGGAUUGAGGAGUGAAAACAUUGUAAAACAGUUUUGAACUUUUAUUCAGUGUUGAAUAUAGAACCGAUUAUC